AAACUACAUCUUUGGCUCCUCUGUUCUGACUUUCCAUAACUGAUGAUCAAAUAUCCUAAAAAAAAUCCUUCAGACAUCCAUUUACAUCUUCUGACAACAUGAAUGAGCAGUAAAGUUUAUAAAGUACUGCUGUUGACAAAAAGUCUCCAGGUCAUGUAAGUUCUUUAGUGCCUUGCAUGCGCUGCACGUCCGAGUUCUGUUCACGCUUCUCAAAGAUGUUGAGGCCCAGCUUUGCCACAGGACAAGAGACUGCACAACUUUCACAAAGGCUGCGAAUGGUCAUUGAUGCUCGAGGAGGCAAAAUGUGAUGAUCUUCUGAAGUUUUCCUGUGAUGUUCUAAAGAAGAAAGAAAGUCAUGCAGGAUUGAAUCAACAUAAGAAGGAUCUGAAUUGGUUUUACACUCUGGCCGAGGAUCUACAGUUCCUCCCAAUCUAGAUCCCACUUGAACUUCUCAGACGGUUUCACGCUUUAUCGGAAAACACUGAGGAAUCCUUAAUAAACCCCAAAGAGAGAAAUUUGGUGUCAGGCGCUUGCCAACUUUUCAUCACCAUGACAAGCACCACCAAGUGACCAAAAGGCUGUCUCCUGCCCCCUGAUGACCAAACCUCAACGUCAGCGACUGGUCAGCAAGGACGGGCGGAGCCUGAUGCGAGGCAAUGCCUCAGGCUACAGAGAGACGUGGUUUGGUGCCCUGCGGGACAUGUGGGGGACAUGGCUGGCGUUGCGGUGGCGAUGGGUGGUGCUGGCGUUCUGUGGCUCCUUCCUGCUUCACUGGUUGCUGUUCGCAGUGUUGUGGUACCUGCUCGCCCGUGUCAAUGGAGACCUGGAUGUGCCCAACCAUGACUCCCCACCGCCUGGCCACGUGCUGUGCGUCAAACACGUGACGGGCUUCACCGCCGCCUUCUCUUUUGCCCUGGAGACGCAGCUGACCAUCGGGUACGGCACCAUGUACCCCAACGCUGACUGUCCAACUGCCAUAGCGCUGCUCGCCCUGCAGAUGCUGCUGGGCCUCAUGCUGGAGGCCUUCAUCACCGGUGCAUUUGUGGCAAAGUUCUCCCGCCCUCAGAAGCGCUGUGGUGGGAUCCUGUUCAGCCCUCAUGCUGUAGUGUGCGAGGUCAGAGGUCAACGCUGUUUGAUGUUCCGCGUGUGUAACCUGCUUCCAAGGCCUCUGGUGGACGUGUGCGUGAGCGCCAUUCUCUACGAAGAACGUGACGAUCACGAACUCCAUCAAACCGCAAUGGAUUUCACCAUUGAUAACCUGGGGUCACGACCUUGCCCCCUAUUUUUGUCACCUUUGACCUUUUAUCACCCUAUAACUCCAUCCAGCCCCCUAAACAACGCCCCAACCAGCCAAUCACACUUUGAAUUAGUGGUGUUCCUCACCGCCUCUCAGGAGAGCACAGGUUCUGGCUACCACAAGAGGACAUCCUACCUGCCUGACGAGAUCCAGUACGGCAGCUGCUUCGCCAGGGUGACGUCUCUGUACGGAAAAGGCCGGAACAAAAGCGAAAGCAUGCGCUAUUUUGACACACAGCCCUGUCCGCUCACACUCCCCAACACACACACCACUGACGCACUGGAGAAAGAACACGUGGUGGUCCAGAUUAACGGGGAAGGCAGUGACCGGGUGGAGUAGCAGUGGUUGUAUUUUUAUGCAAGGGUGUAUGAUUUCAUAUGAAUUCUCCGUUCAUAAAAAGGGCAUUUCAUUUCAUAACACAACCUCCAAUGUAUGACUUUUUUUUAUCCCAAAAGACAGCCUCAGUUAGUUAUGAUCUGUUAUGUCAUCCCGUCCCAUUAGGAAACCAUUUUUGCUGCUAUAUGGACAUAAUGAUUCACACUCGCAUCUGCUGAACACACAAUGACUGAUGUUUUCAUCUGGAAAUAAGAGGAAUCUCCAGUGUUUCAUUAUGAGAAAUUUUACUGAUCAUCUUCACCCUGAAUCCACUGACACCAUUAUGUUUGAGCCCUUAUUUAUUCGGCACCUGGACAUUUUCAUUGCGUUAUCCAUCUGUAUCCGAGUCAGAGGGGCCCGUUUUUAAAUUAUAAAUUAUUAAAGCCCUAUAUGGACAGUUUUCCUCCUUGUCCAUAAAGUAUUUUUUAUCAAAAUAUAUGAAUGAUAGAGAUAGUUCUCCCAAAAAUGAAAACUCUUGUUUCAUGUGUUUUUUUUUUUUCUCCACAUAACAGAAGUGGACGGACACUUAUUACUAAUAUUAUACAUUAGUCACUGAAAAAAAUACAUUUUGUUGUUGUUGAACUAUAAUUUUAAAGUGUUCAUUAACACCCCUAUUAAGUGCCUAAUGACAAACUUCAAAAAGUCAACUUUCAAAACAAGUGAUGAAAUGGACUUUUGGCUCGAGAGACUGAAUACUGUACUGAACAUUAACAAUUAUGUAAAUAAUAAAGUAUGUAGAUAAAUAAAUAAAUAGAUUAUUUACUAGAUUACUUCUGGGAAAGAAAAUUACUUCUGGAAAAGCAAUGCAAUCUAUGCAAUAAAACAAAACACAUUAGCACAAUCGCAUUGGUGGCACAACACUGUAUGAUUUUUCCUCUGUAGGUGAUUAUAUAGCACAUGUACUGUCUGUCAAUCAAUCAGGAAAGGCUGAUUAUUAUAUGUAUAAAGCUUGAUUAUUAAACUCUGGAAGGCUGGAAAAGAAUUAUGUAGUAAUUUAGUUUUCUGAAUACAAGCUACAUUGAGUGGCAACUGAUCUGUAAAAGAAAUGCAUUUAUUUUGAUAUGUGGAGCACAAAAAACUGGAUUAAAAUAUCUGUGAAAAGAU